AUGCGUUCUCAUAUACUGACAAUGAAAUAUCAGCUUCGAAAUCAACAUUUUAAUUUUGUUUUCUUAUAUUUUAUUAAACACGGAUUUAAGAAUCGACGGCAACCAUAUUUGGAUUAUACCUGCCCCAGUGGAGAUCCGCUGUUGAGUACGAAAUGUCCCAUUACAGCAACCAAGCAGGAUGUCUAUAUUGUUACUACCACUAUUUGGCAACGAAAAUAUCAGGACAAUUAUCGUUGUCAAUGUCACCAACGUCCACUCCAUACAAGUAGAACACCUACAUUACCAUCUAAACAAUUGACAACGAUCAAAUCUAAUUGGUUAUUUGUGAUAACAUCAGCAACCGCAAUUUUACGAGGAUAA